CUUGGGGUGGAGCAUUCCUCACAAUAAAUACAGUAAUACAUAAUACCAUCACUCGAAGUUGUUCGUUGCACGCUGCAAAAUCCAGAGGUUGAAGACAACACGCCAAACAUCGCUUCGGCUCGAAAUAAGAUUCCGGGAGAAAACCACAAGAAUCCAAAAUGCCGUCCGAAGAGGUGAUCGAGCUCUCGGUCGAGGAGACCAAUAAACUGCGAGAGGAGCUCGGAUUGAAGCCCCUGCGCAUCGACAACCACCAAGCCCCCGCUGCGGAGACAGCGACGGAUUCGUUGCCAAACGAUGGUGGCAAAGCCGACGAAGAAGAAGCGCUGGAACUGUCCGUAGAGGAGACAAACAAACUGCGGGAAAAACUCGGGCUCGCGCCCCUCCGUACCGGUGCCGAAAAGAACAAGAACAAGGAGGUCCACAAGCCGGCGGAAAACACGGGCGAGCAGGAAGAAGCCCUGCAGCGGAUCGAACGAGCCAAGCUCCGGCGCCAGGUGGAAGAUGGUGCUUCACGAACAUUUGGAACGUCGACCCUGGGACUUGGCGACAACGACGACAACGACUGGGCCGUCAGGAUGAGGCACCAGAAAAAGGCACCCGCAGAAACGAAAAAGAAGAAAAAACGGAAAGAAAAGCCGACCGAACAGAGGAGCAGCUACGACGAGAACGAUCUGGAGGGAAUGCAAGUGAGAAACAGCAUGGCGGGCUUGGAGGCGGGAGAAAACGCCGUGCUCACCCUGGCAGAUGCGCCGAUACUCGAAACAAAAACGGACGUGUCGAGCAAGGUCGUUGGGAUCAACGACGAGGAAGACGCUCUCGAAAACAUUGGUCUUACCGAACAAGAAAAACAACGAGACGGCCUCCGCAAAAAGAGAAUGCUGGAAAUGGGCAUGGGUCGAGCGGGUGGGUAUGCCGGGUUUGAUGACGAUGAGUUCGAAGAGCUUGGAGGAACCCUUGGGCCAUCGCACCGAGAACGGGGCGGCAGCGGUGAGCAAAACGGACAUAAAACACAGGGUUUCCGGAUAGGAUCCCAGAGAACAGCCGCAUCUGACGAUUCCAAGACGGACUUUGAUAGAGUUCAAAAGGGAGAGGCAAUAUCUUUGGUAUGGAAAGGAGAUACCGUUACCAGUGAUUACAUGACAAUAGAGGAGGAGCAGGAACUCAAAGCAAAACGAAAAAAAUCAAAGGAAAAGGCAACGUUCAAAAAGAAGAAAAAGAGCAAGAAAAAACGAAGGAGAGCCGACAUUUACGACGACGACGACGAAGAUGAUGGGAAAGCUGCUCUGCCGCCGCUUGCCAACAAUUCUAAUGGAAACUUGCUAUCAAAACUGGAAGAAACCGCAGGUUUGAACGGUGGAUCGACGAGUCUACAAAAACGUCGUAGGAGUGACGAUGAGGUAGACGACAACGAGAUGCAACCUUUCACGAAUUCCACCACAGAAAAUUCUACAGACGACAAAUCACGAGACUCGCAGUCAAAAAGAUCAAAGUACGAGAAAGCUAUGGAAAAAGGAAACGAGCGGACCCGCAACGCCUUUAACAAUGCCGAGGUGAAGAAACGGAGACACGACGUCGAGGUGAUGGACGAGGAGCCCGAUGAUUCGUUCCUAAAUGCCGCUUUGGAAAAAGCCAGACGGUUGAACCGCCUAAGAGAAAUGAACAAGGCAGUAUCGAGCGGAGCAACCGCUGUUGCAGAAGCCGUGAAGUCGUCGACCGUGGACAAUAACAACACGAAAGAAUCCUCCGGUGUCACUUUUUCCAUUGACGACACCCGUGAGUUUUCAAGAGCAAUUCGAGCUCGCACCCAGCAGAAAGAAAGACAAUCGGAGAAGACAAAGGAAGAAACCAAACUGAACGCUGGUGUAAUCGUAAACAAGAAUGCUGGAAAUUCGAUGCAAGAAGCUAGCGACAAACUAGCCGGCAAGGGUGUCAAAGAGGAAGAUGUCGAGAACGACGAAGAGAUGGAAGACGUUGACAUGGAGGAACUCGCGAAAGAAAUGAAAGAGGACAACGUUCCAUCCGAAUUCGAAGGUUCGACUGCGCGGUUUGUUGGGGUGGGGCGUGGUCUUUCGAGUUUUGUUUCCCAUUUGAAGACAACCGGCGAGAUCACCGGCAAACACGGUGGAAAAGAGGAGCUACGAGGAAGGGCAAAAGAUGAAAGAAAUUACGACAACUAUGAACCCCUGGAUCUAUCGAAAGAGGUCAAAAUCGGGAAAAAUGCAACCGAGAAGGAUAGGGAACUGGCCCGGCGAGAAAUCAAACUCGAAUACCGUGACAAACAUGGCAGGUUGCUUACUCAGAAGGAGGCGUACCGUGAUCUAUGUUAUCAAUUCCAUGGGCACGGGGGUGGGAAGAAGAAGGAGGAGAAGCGCCUCAAACAGAUUGCUCGUGAACAAGCAGAGGCUCGCAUGGCCUCAGGACAAGUAUCUGCUGCCCGGGAUGGAACCACCGUAGGAACUUUGGGUGCAUUAAGGGCUACACAAAAAGCAACAGGCAAAGCUUUCGUUGUUCACAAAACCUGAGACGAUAAUAAAAGUAAUCAAAACGAUGCAGUUUGUUACUAGUGCUUUGUCUUAAGUAGUUUGCAGACCUCUUUCUUGCCAGAAAACGCCCCCCCCCCCCCCCACGAUAGCUUUGUUAGGAGGGGUUAGUGGAACUUGUGCUCUUCGCAAUGAACCACACUUCAGUGAUUUCAACAUGAGGAUCGUGGGUCUCAAACAAUGACCUACGAUCAUGUGCAUGUCGCCCAGAAAUUCUUGUAGCAAUACCAGUGCCAGAACGGGAUUUCAAGUGCAAUGGAUGCCAGGUACAAUCCUUCUGUUGCUGAUCAUAGCAACGGUAGCUAUUAUCACCAAAGUGUACAGAACGAUGGUCACGGUGAGGAGGGUGAGGAGGAGCUUGGCGCGGGGGAUCAUAGUAGGGAUCUUCUCCAAAAGACACCCUGCAAUGAGAUCAACGAUCCUCUUCCCCAUAGUAGGACAAAGAGGGUGCACGCUGGGUAUUUAUUGUGACGCUCGUAUCGAUUUCAAGCAGAUGAAGGAGGAAGGAUAGGCAGAGAUUGAUGGUACUGCUGACGCCAAGGAGAACGAGGAGGAGGGUAGUUAUGAUGGGAGUACCGGUUGGGGGAACAAGAACCAUCAAAAUCCUCAUGCCAACGAUGAUUGGGGGUUCAUUGUGAUAAUCACCUUGACUGUGUUCCUGCACUUGAUCGGUGUGAUCAGUAAAAGGCAUAGGGAUAGAGGUAGUUGGUUUGGGGGGGGGGGAGUAGGAACAGAUAUAUUUGUAGGUUCGUCGGGGGGGGGGGGGGGCUUGAGAUCACCUUAGAGAACUUCAAUUUCUAGGGUGCUUAUACUCAAAUGUCCAGCAGCAAUGUCAGAAGCAACAGAGACCUUGGGGGAAUCCUUCAAGUGAUCACAGAAAGAAUGUUGGAACAAGACUGGUGCAAGAGAGGAAUCCACCAAAAAGGACAAGGUAAUGGAUGUUGGUGGUUCCAUUCCAUGGGCUGUGCACAUUGUAUCAAGAAGCACAGCCUUCCACUGCUUGGAGAACCUGCAGUCAGGGUCAAGCUUUGCCUUGCAUGGGCACUUCCCAAAGAAUUUAGGUGAUACCCCUCACUUGUAAUUUUGAAGAUCCUUUUCCAGUAGGAUUGGAACCCAACUGGAUGGUUGGAAUCAUCAUAGAGUGAAUACUCAAUCCCCUCUUUGUUGAACACCAUAAAGAGGCAACUCAUGCAGAACUUGACAGUUUUUGACUGGUACUGGGCCUCUGCCAAGGUCUCAGCAUCCUUUGAGAGAUUUAUAUUGUGGUAGUCUUCCUUGUUAUUAAAAAACUAUAUCUACA